AGAGGAGGAGAAAAGCACGUAAGAGGAAAACACAGAGUAAUAAAUAGAGGGACACUUGUUUAAUCAGACCAUUUCUGGUUUGGUGCUCUAGACUCUCAGGUGCUUCCAGCUGCUCAACAUCAGCAUGGGAACGAAAGCUGCGGACUCAGAGAGACGCCUGUCUCUGAAGAAAUACUACAUAUCUGAAGAAUAUGGGUUUGCACUGCCUGAACCUUUGAGGGAGCUGCCGCCAUACUUCCAGCCAUGGAUGGACAUUGCUGGUCGUGUCAGUGAGCUCAUCUCUGAACAUUCUCUUCGAUCUUCUGUUCAUGAGCUGCCUCUGCUGGAGACCGACUCUCUGCAGAGCCAUCGUGAGCUACGACUGGCUCACCUGGCUCUGAGCAUCAUUACCAUGGGCUACGUGUGGCAGGAGGGCGAGGCUGAUCUUGUGAAGGUUCUCCCUCAAAACCUGGCAAUCCCAUUUUGGGAGGUCUCACAAAAGCUGGGUUUGCCCCCUAUUCUCACUCAUGCUGAUGGUGUUUUAGCCAACUGGAGGAAAACAGACCCGGAUGGAUCAAUGGAUAUUGAGAAUUUGGAGCUGCUGUUUUCACUGCCUGGUGGAAAAAGUGUGAGAGGCUUUUUCCUGGUCACUCUCCUGGUGGAACUUGCCGCUGUUCCGGGAUUGAAGGCUAUCCCUGAAGCAAUCGGCGGUGUCUAUGAUGGUGAUGUCUCUGUGGUGAACAAAGCUUUGGAUGUGAUCAGUCAAGCCCUAGACAGCAUGAAGGAGGCUCUGAAACUAAUGCAUGAUUAUGUUGAUCCAUCUAUAUUCUAUGGUGUUAUGAGGAUAUUUCUAUCAGGGUGGAAGGACAAUCCGUCAAUGCCAGAUGGACUGGUGUAUGAGGGGGUUCAGGCCGAGCCAAUGGAGUUUUCUGGUGGCAGUGCAGCUCAGAGUAGCCUGUUACACUGCCUCGAUGAGUUACUGGGGAUCAAACAUGAGGAAAAGAGUGGUGCUUUCCUGACUCGAAUGCGAGGCUACAUGCCUCCUUUUCACAAACGCUUCAUUGAACACAUCUCCCGCUCGCCUUCCCUGCGAGACUUUGUGCUGAAACAAGGGGACGAGUCUCUAACAGAAGCAUUUGAGGGUUGUGUGGAUCGUCUGGUGGCGUUCAGGAACUUCCAUAUUAACGUCGUCUCGCGCUUCAUCACCAUCCCGGCGGCCCGUGCCAGACAGCUCCGAGCCAACGGACCAGAAUCUGGAAAAGAACCCGACCUGGUGGGUAAAGCACCGACCGCACUGGAGGAGCGAGGAACCGGCGGCUCGGGAAUCAUGAGCUUCCUGAAGGAAGUACGGAACCAAACCAAGAACGUUUUAAAAACACCAAGUACUACAAAGAACGGUAAUGACCAUUGAGGACACAGUCUGAAGGGUCAUCCAGCAUCACUGCUAUUCACUAACAAAACCUAAGAGACGUUACUAUAUUAUUAUAGGGAUAUGAUGCAAUAUAUCUUCAAGCAGAUGUGCAAUUAUUUUCAUUUUAUUGUAUAACUGUACGAAGACAAGUAUUCAUUUAAUGAUGAAGCUAGUGUUGACAGAAUUUUAGA